AUGAACGGCCUGCAUGGUCUGCCAGGUUGGAAAUGGCUUUUCAUUAUUUCUGGCAUUAUCACUCUGCCUGUUGCUGUCUACGGAUACUUCUUCUUCCCCGAUACACCCCAUACGACCACCGCAUUCUAUCUUAGCGAAGAAGAAAUUGCUCUUGCAAGAGAACGAGUGCCAAUUCACGAGGUUGACAAGACGGAGAGCAUCCUCUCCAGGUCUUUCCUCUCUAGGGUGGUCCACUCCUGGUACUUCUACGCCUUCUGCUUCCUGUGGAUUCUGGGCAACUGCUCCGAAUCGCAGUCUAACCAGUCACUUCUCAACCUAUACAUGCAAGCUCAUCCGACAGAGAAGUACAAUCUUUACCAACGCAACAACUAUCCCACUGGUGUACAGGCCAUGGGCGUGACGAGCACCCUGUUGUGGGCCACGUCAACCGAUAUCUGGGGUAGGCGAUGGCUGUCGGGUUACUACGUCUCCUUCACGGCCAUUGCCAAUGCAGCAAUCAUUCUCGCCCCAACUUCGACGGCAGCCAAGUUUGGGGCUUACUACUGGGCUGGCUCGAUCUACUGCAUUCAAGCCACCUUCUUCGCGUGGGCCAAUGACUCGAUGCGAAACGAGUCGCCGAGACUACGAUCCUGCGUUAUCGCAUGCAUGAAUGCGGCUGGCAACUGCUUCCAAGCUUGGUGGCCACUCAUCUUCUACAGGGCCGAUGACGCUCCAGAGUUCAGGAAAGGAAUGAUUGCCAUGAUCGCUGUAGGGACAACCAUGGCGAUUUGGGUCACAGUUCUUAUCUUGGUCGAAAAGCGGCGAGCGAAGACGGAGCUUCAGGUCAUCGAGGCUGUUGCAGAAGAGCGAAGUCUGGGGUCGGAGGGGCCUACGAAGGUUAACUCCGCGAGGUUGGACAGCCAGAUCUCCGACAUUAAGCCGUCUUCACACUGA